AUGUCAGACUCCACCACAUCGUUCAAGACGGCAGCAGGGCCAACAAGCAACCUUCCCGCCUACUUUACCAAACUCUCCCAAGUUUAUCCUCGACAAUCGGGCAAUUCGACAGCGAAUCUUUUUGCGUCAAUCACCGAUCAACUAGCCCCUAUCUCAGCCAACUCCAUCAUCCAUGACAAUGCAUCUGGACCCGGGACCGCCACUGGCGUGAUUUUAAAGAACUUGAAGCCGGAAGAAUAUCCCACAAUAAUUGCAACAGACAUGGUACCUGCCAUGAUCGAAGCGUUUAAUUCCGAUCUCGCGAAACCAAAAGAAACCUCCAAGCUCACUGGUAUUGUCAUGAAAUCCGAGAUCCUCGACUUUCCCGACAAUCAUUUCACCCAUUCCAUCACGAACUUCAGCAUCUUUAAUUUUGUGGACCCCGCCAUCUGCCUCAAGGAGACCUACCGUACCCUGAAGCCGUCCGGCCAAGCUGUCAUUACCACGUGGAAGACCUUCGCGAUUGGAGAUCUCAUUCACGAGACCCAGCGACGGAUACGCCCGGACUUGCCACUUAUGAAGGUUUCGGGGGCAGAAUAUCACCGAGUCGAUGCAGUCAUCGAUGUCAUGGUGCAAGCGGGCUUCGAAAAGGAGAGCAUCCAAGUUUUGUCUCCGACAGUGGUAGUGACGGGUGAGAAUCUGGAUGGACUGACACAAUUUGGUUGUGGACCUUUCACAGAUUCUGCAAGAAAUGGGUGGACAGAUGAGGAGAAGGGAAGAUGGAAGGAAGUGUUGUUUGAGGUGCUGGAAGAGAAGAAGCAAGAAUAUGGCGGCUUGAAAUUUGAGGCAUGGGCUUUACUUGCUACGAAGUGA